AUGACACCAGCCGACAAGUACCGAGGAGCCGUAGUAGAAGACCUGCAACUGGCUCCAGCAUUCUGUCUACCGGAGAACGCACCUACUACUGCGGCGUUGGAAGCUGCUUAUGAGCGGGAAUUCGAUUACCUCCCUGUCCUGAACGAUAAGCGUAAGCCUAUUGGCUACCUGGAUGUGUCUGGCCUCAAGCAAAAGUUCGAAGCUGGAAGUGCUAAAGAGGACGAUCCUGUUCGGAAACACACAACCCUCUUUCCGCCCUUCAACCCUCCCUCCUCCCCUUCGUCGAGCACGACCGUCCGACCCUCUUCGCACCGCUACCAAGUCAUACACCCGCUCACCCCACUCUCAGACCUCGAAGGAUUCUUGCAACGCCAAGAAGGGCAUUUCGCACUCGUUACCGAUAGAGAGAGGAAGUGGGUCUUGGGCGUCGCGACCGGUGGGGAUCUCGAGACAUUCGUCAAGAGGCGAGGAGCGAUCUAUGCCAAACCCGCUAGAGAAGAAGUCUCUCAUCCCUCAUAA